GAAAAUUGACAGCAGUUCAAAAAAAAACCCUAUUAAUGGUUAAACAUGAAGAUUUUUUCGUCUAAAAUAAUUACCUUAGGGAUCAUAUGCCGUAUAUAUCUAACCAAUGCAGCGUCCAAUUCCCAAAGUGCACCCAUUAUAUCGGGUACGCGGGCCGAACUAGGUCAAUUUCCCUGGCAUGUUCUUCUAGCGAUAUAUGCAACAGAGGAAGAAGAAUUAGAGGUAUGUGGCGGUUCUAUUCUUAGCGAAAAAUGGGUUUUAACUGCUGCUCAUUGUAUUCAUGAAAUUCAAGUCCUCGUUAUGGCCUUUGGAACUAUUGAAUUUGAUGAUACACCCAUUAUGAUCAACUCGGAUGAUUUUUUUAUACACCCAGAAUACGAUGACGUAAAUUUGAUUAACGACAUUGCCCUAAUUGAGCUACCGACACCAUUGAAUUUUAGUGACAACAUAAAAACCAUUGAUUUAGUAUCUUCCAGAGAAAUUAACAAUACCUUUAUUGGUGUUCAAGGAACUAUAUGUGGUUUUGGUACAACAAGUGAACUAAGUAAAGAAAAUUCCGAAUGGUUAUUAUGGACCACUAUAGAAAUUGUUAAUAAUACUGAAUGUGAUCGGGCGUAUGAUGAACAAACGCCUGCCACAGUUAUGUGUGGCAUUGGUUGGAAUGCUACCAAACAGUCGCCAUGUGUUGGUGAUUCUGGUGGUGCUUUAGUUUGGAAGAACGAAAAUGAUACAUUUAUUCAAAUUGGCAUAAUAUCUUAUGCCAAGAGAAAUUGUUCCCAAUAUCCAGUUGGUUAUACUAGAGUAGCACCAUUUUUGGAUUUUAUUAACAAUAUUACGGGUUUAAAUUUUGAUUAAAUUAAAAAGCUAUUUGUUAACAAAGAAAAAAAUUUAAAUACAAAAAUAUU